GACGAGUGAGCACGUUUUUGACCUUUCAGGUGACUACUAGGCGACUUUGGAGAGAGUUACUGUACCAGUGACGUUGCGCUAGCGGCGACAUGGCGGGAUACGGGGAACGUCGAGACUACGGAGGCAGUAGUCAUGAUUACGAACGAAGCGGUCGCGAGCGGAGCAGCGGUGACCGAGAACAUGGUGGUAGACACCGUGGUUACGGGAGUGAUAGAGGCUAUGAGAGCGAUAGAGCCCCGAGUGGGGACAGACAUGGCGACCGGUACUAUGAUCGAGGACCACGGAGAGGACCACCUACUUGCUACAACUGCAGGGAACCGGGGCACUAUGCUAACCAAUGCCCCCAUCCCCGGAGGAAUUCUAACCCAGGCAGGGGGACCGUGGGUGACUACGGAGAACCAAGCGAUCAACAGAAAGGUGAGCUGGAGUCUAAGGUGGUUGAAAUUGGUAAGAGCGUAGCCGCGGUCUGUCACUAUGUCGAAUUGGAACAGCAGAAGAAGCUAAUGAAGGAACGGAGGAAGGCCGAGAAGAAGGCAGUGGAGGAGCGUGCAGCAGCCGAGCAAGAAGAAGCUGAACAGAAAAGGAAGAAGAAGGAGGACAAAGCACGUAAGGAGGCGGAAAGGAAGGAGGAGAUACGUAAGUGUUUGGAAAUCAAGAUGGCGCUACGAGUGGGAGAACUUCGAGACGAAGUUCGUGACGACGUGCGGCACGAGAUGCGUGAGGCUAUUGGAGAGUUGUGCACGGUGGUGGCACGUGGCAAACAACAGGUACCUCAAAUGGAGGCCGUAGCGGAGAGCAGAGUUAAUAGCAGCGAAACCGAAGAGCUCAACCUACAUACACGGAACCUCAGCCUCGCAGAGAAGCGGAUGAGAGGGCCGGAAACGGUUUUGGAGGGUAGCCCUCCUAUGGAGCUACCUCUUAAACGUACUCCUCGGCGGACUGGGAGAUUGACGAGAGCCCGAUGCAAGACGAUGAAGACCCCCACUCCGAAGAAGACACCGCCUUCAAUUCGAAAGAAGAAGCCGACAGUCAUGGGACUUGUCGGGAGACUGCGAUUUGAGAAGAAGGUUAUGAACGAUCUGAAAAGCUUGGACGAUUUGGUGUUGCAGAAUAUUUGCAAAGACGAACGGAUUCCGUAUAAUGGCAAAUUCGAAUCGGUUUUUGACAUCGCGGCACACCGUACACAGGUCGCCUACGGGGCAGAAGAUGAUGAGGAUGAACACUCAUCUGGCGAGGAAGACAAGGAGGUAAGGGUUGAUGCCGAGGACGAAGCUACAGGCGUGUGAUGUGGCCUCAAUAUUGCUGAUUUGUGGGGUAUAGUGAACUGCCUUACUACGAUUCGGGGAUUACUCGAUGGGAUAGACUACAGAAUCGA